AUGUCGUUCAAAAUGAAUAACCGAAACAAACAUACAGAUGAUUUAGAAGGCAUGAAUAAAGAAAGACUUGCAAAAGAGAAAUCGUACAUAGAAGCCGUCCAGUCUGGCGAUGCAGCCGCUGUUAAACAAUUUAUGCGACAGAAAUCAACCUUUGAUAUCGAUGCUACAGAUGGCAAUGGAAAAAAUGCACUGGGUUUAGCAAUUAUCAACGGACAACUAGAUAUUAUAAAACUACUUCUGCAACACGGAGUUGAGUUGGGUGAUGCGUUGCUACGUGCAGUAGAUGUGAACUUCGUCAAAGCAGUUGAUGUUAUUUGUCAGCAUAUUAAAUUACUGAAGGAGGAUGACGUGGAUCAUAUUAACGCAUGCGCAGAUAAUGAGGACUUUCCACCUGGUCAGACGCCAUUGAUUCUAGCUGCCGAUAGGAAUAACUAUGAAUAUAUCCUAUUACAGAAUGGAGCAACAAUAGAAGAUCCAGACACCGAUGUCACAUUAGCUUCCGCUCAUGGUCUACAGAGAUCACUGCGCGAACUACAGAUCUACAAAGCCAUUGCCAGCGAAUCGUUUAUCUGCCUGACAAGCCACGAUCCAAUCAACACUGCUUUUCAGUUGAGUCAUAGAUUGAAAAAGAUGGCCAAGAAGGAUGUCGAGUUUAGUCCCGAGUACGAGAAACUAGAGGAAGAGUGUCAGACGUUUGCAGCCGAAUUAUUGAAGCAGACUCGUAGCGAACACGAAAUAACUACAGUAUUGACCCACGAUCCCGGGGUGUGGGCCAAGUCUGAUGAAGUAGAUACCAUUAUGCCUCAUAAAGCCGCCUUAGCAGUCAAAUAUAAACAGAAGAAGUUUGUUGCAAAUCCAAGUUUUCAACAAUUGAUGUACAAUCGAUGGUACCGUGGUAUUACUGGCUGGGACGAAUGGACGUUCUCUAAAAGAUUCCUCUUUUCAGUUGCAAUGACGUGGAGGGAAUUCAAGGAGAUAUGGUCAGGUGGUAUAAAAAACUAUUGUAGUGACACAUGGAACGUCUUAGAUUUUCUACAGCUUGGUCUUUAUUGGGCUUCCUUCACUUUCUUCUUUUAUGCAAUGGGAAUUGAGGCUACAGCGGAUCCAGAUAUCACACCGGCAAACGAUACAUCAUGGUGGAACAUAACUGUUAGUAAUGUUACUUUGUAUGACCUGAUUGAAACAUUCGAGGAAGGGGCGGACGAACUGAUGUCCAAGCCAUUAGCACCUGAAAAUAUAAUUGCGUUUGGCCGAGCCCUGUUUGCAAGCACCAGUGAAUUCUUUUACAGUGCUGUGAAUAAUGAAGAAACCAGAAUGCAAUGGCCAGGAAGUGACCCAAAUCUAAUUGCUGAGGCUCUCUUUGCUAUGGCAAACAUUAUGAGUUUUCUACGAUUGAUCCACAUCAUGGUGAUCAACCGACACGUGGGCCCUUUGCAGAUUUCAUUGUCUGGGAUGAUCUACGAUAUUGCAAAGUUUUUGUGCAUAUUCUUUUUAAUGUUAUUGGCGUUUGCUGUUGGUUUGACACAACUCUACAAGUUCUACGCCAGCGAUAGCUCCUUUGCAUGUAUCACUGAAAAUAUCGAAGACAGUGGAGCUAAAUACAGGUGUACGCAUCCGUUUGAUGGUUUGAUGCAAACUGUGAGGACGCUAUAUUGGUCUCUGUUUGGCCUAAUCGAUUUAGAAGUACUCUCCGUAGAAGCCGACCAUUCCUUCACGGUGUCUGUUGGAGAAUUAACCUUUGCACUCUAUCACGUAUGUGCUAUAAUCGUAUUACUCAAUGCUUUGAUUGCAAUGAUGAGUAACACGUACACUCGGGUGGAAGAAAACGCCGAUGCAGAGUGGAAGUUCUAUCGCACAGUUUUGUGGCUGGGAUUCAUGGGAUCUGACACUGUUUUACCACCACCUUUUAAUCUAAUUCCAAGCACUAGAAGCAUAAAACGAGUCUUGUCUUGCGACUGUUUCCACAAGAAAACUAAGAAGGACAACUCUGAUAUUAUUGAGAGUCUACAGACGCAGUAUGAGGCCGUACUCCGUCAGCUGACUUUACGUCACAUAUCUGAUAAGCGUGCCGAUGGCUACGAAGAAGAAGGCGCAGGGGUGACACAAGCAGACAUCAUGGCGAUAAAACAAGAUAUGUCAAGUUUCAGGUUUGAAGUCAGCACAAGUAUAAAUAAAAUGAAUACUGUCCUCGUCAAAAUGUUGUCUCUGAUCGAGAAGGGCGUAGUACCUGAUGACGAUAGUGCGCCCUCAUUGAAUAGCGCCGAAAGUUAUGAGACUUCACUUGGUGAUCUCACGGAUGUUGGCGCGAUUCCCUCAAAGCGAUUUUAUGACAAUAAAGAAACUCACAUUUAAAGUUAUGAUAGACAGAUAAAAGAACGCCAGAAGGAAGUAAUCAUGAUUCAGUCACUUUUCAUAUAGUUAGGUAUCUUUAUAUUUUUAUCCUAAAUUUGUACGAAUUCUGGAAUUAACAUUAAUUAACUGUUAUUCGACACGC